CUGUGCUACCUGGCUAGCAUCAAACAUCAGACGAACAAAGUUAGUGACUAUCUGCUGAACAUAGUGGAGCAUUUAUUAGCAAAACAGCCUGAUUAUUCGAAGGAGUUGGUGGAGACCAAAAACUCCUAAAUCGCUAAAUUGGUUAUGGGAAUGUGUAUUGGGGUGGGGGUGGGGGGUUCAACAGGGGCCCACAGCUUAUUUUUUUGGCCGUCCCUGUCUUUGUCACAACAUUUCUUUGACUUUGUUUUUUCCUGUAAAAGUACUUUUUAUCUCUCUAAAAAACCUAUCUGAGAAGUAAAUUCACUCAUUAGUUGGGAGCAAUGGUAUAGGGUUAUUUUAUUGUGUUGUAUGUAUUUUAAACAGCAACAGUAGCUUUGUAUUGUGUGUAUUUAAAGACAUUAACUUCAUUUGAUAGUAGACACCUUAGAAAUGUAUUUGAUGUUCCCAGGUGUCACUGUCGUGCGUCACCAAGAAACCCUCUCAUCUGUGACUCAUUUGAAAGAAUCAUUUGUCCGAUGUCUGAAAUUGAAGUCUACCAAUCAGUCUGCAUGUUAGUUUUCAAUGUCGCUUGCCUGACAGCCCAUGUAACUGUACGUGUUGUUUUGUUGUGUGGAAAGUCCCGUGUCUGUGCUUUUGCUCAUCUCCUGUCGCAUGUAUGUGGUUCCUCCUCAGUUUCUGCACAGAGACUUCUGCGUUUGUCCCACCGUCCACAGGAUGCAUAUGAAUAGCUUAUUAAAUCAAUGGACGGACAUCUCCAGGAUGUGUGAUGUGGACGUGUCCCCGGACCCCACCAGUCCCACCCUGUACGGUGAGUCCUCGGACAAGUACUACCAUGUGGACCGCUGGCAGAAGCUCCGCACUGCUGUCCGCAAGCUGGAGUUCUGGGAGAACUUCACCGCCGAGCUGAUCGGGAGUGGCUUCUUCUCCAAAGUCUACAAGGUGAUUCACAGCACCAGUCGCAAGGUGACGGUGGUGAAGAUCUACAAAAACGACGUGGACCAAGACAGCAUCGUACGGGAGAUCAGCCUGCUGCAGAAACUCUCCCACCCCAACAUCGUCAGAUAUCUGGGAAUCUGUGUCAAAGAAGACAAACUUUAUCCAAUCUUAGAGUAUGUGAAUGGUGGCUGUCUGGAGGAGCUUCUGGUCAGGAAAGAUGUUCCCCUGUGCUGGAGAGAGAAAGUGGACCUGGCCUGCGAUAUAAGCAGAGGAAUGAUCUACCUGCACUACAAGAACAUUUACCACAGAGACCUCAACUCCAAGAACUGUCUGAUCAGGGUGACAUCUCGGGGUCGGGAGGCUGUGGUCACUGACUUCGGCCUGGCCAGGGAAGUGGUGGAGCUGCCGGUCAAAGACCCCGGCAGGAAGCUGUCACUGGUGGGCUCGGCCUUCUGGAUGGCCCCUGAGAUGCUCCGAGGAGAGCCGUAUGACCGCAAAGUGGAUGUUUUCUCCUUCGGCAUCGUACUCUGUGAGAUCCUGGCCCGGAUCCCUGCCGACCCAGAGAUACUACCCAGGACACAGGACUAUGGGCUGGAUGUGGAUUUGUUCAGGGAGCUGGUGAAUGACUGUCCUCAGCGUCUCCUGGAGUUAGCAGCCAGCUGCUGUAUGGUGGAGUCCUUCAGACGGCCGGCGUUCACAGAGCUGCUGGACGAGUUGGGAGAAGUCGGCGAGAGUCUGGAGCCGCCAUCAAAAUCCGAAGAGACUGCAAGCUGAGUCGUCUGCCCCGGAAAACCCUUCCACCCAUCCAUAGUGUCCGGGAGUAUUUGGUCUCUGUCUGGGACUAGAAGCUAGACUUGGACCCCGAAGCCCUCGUUGCAUCAAUCUCCUCUCCUUACUGCACCCACACACGAGACCACGGCUGAACUCGUCUCAACCGAGGCGGUGCAGUUAUGCUAGAUGUGUUUUUUGGAGGGUAGUGGAAAGUCUCCUGGCUUCUCGUGGACUCUUUGCUUUGACGUUUUGUGUACAGAUGAUUCAUAGUUUGACUCACAGGAUGGAAUGUACAGUAUGUUUUGUUUUUUUUGUCUUAUCCUCUCUUCCUUCUGUUCUGUGUGUCAGGUUUGUUUGUCACCGAUGAUCAAAUCUGUCAAUGUGCUUUCUGCCUCUUCUAUCUGCUCUUAAACAAACCGGUGGACAUCGCUUCAUAAAAGAUGGGACGCAUGAAAUACACGAGGAGGUUUAAAGUUGUCUCUGUAUACUUUGAGGAGUUGAACAGAAACUGAAAUUUACAGAAACAGUUGAGGUUCACAAUAUAUGCUCACGCUCAUAUUUCAUGGUCUCAUCUCAAGUUAUUUAUCAUAUAUACUAUUAUUAUCAUGUAUAAUUGCAGUUAUAUUUGUCUGGAAUGACACUGAAAACCCACCUGAAACAUAUCAGUUUUUCAGGAACGAAGAAAACAAACCCUAACCCUUUAUUUAGAGUAAUGACUAUGCAUGUUGGAGUUAUUAAAGAACUAUACACAUCUCAACAAUGAAAUCAUAAAAAAAGUGGUCGUUUCAACAGUGAUGUGCACAAAUGAAUGUCCUCAUCUCUAUUUUGUCAUUGUUACUUUGAACUGAUCAUGUGCAUGUAAACAUUUUAAGCUUCUUUUCUUUUGUUCCCAACUUUUUAAAUUCUGGCACCUUUCUUGGGAUUUAAAGGGUCCACAUUCCUUUGAGUUUACCAGUAUUUAUUAUUUUACGUUUUGUGUCGUGUCUCUGAUUUUCUUUCAGGCAGCUGCAAUGCAAAAUUAACUUUCACAAAAGCUACAUUUGGUUUCUAUCUUAUUGAAUUCAUUCCAAAAUUUGAGUUAGUUCUCAAAAUUCAGAGAUACAGUUUUAGGUGUAUUGCACAUAAAUAAAUAAAUAUGAUAAAACAGUGAAUAAAUAUAAAAGCAACAACAUUGAAAUACGGGUGAAACACAGACGUCCCAGCAGGCUUUUACAUACAGAAACAAAACUCACCGAUGAGAAAAAAUACAAAUAACCUAGAACUUAAUUUAAGGUAUUUCAUCUUCUCAGAGUGUAUACAUAUUCAUCUGCAUUCAGAAGUCACUGUUUCACUUUUCACAUUCCGUCACUGAAAACUAAUGGAACCUUUUUCAGUUAACCUCCUUAAAUAAAAAUGAAGUUUCAGUCCCAUUUCAUAGAA